GGGGGAAGAAAUAGGCGACAAAUUCACAACACACAGAGCAAACCGGAGAAGAAAUUCCGAGCACUCAAUCAGCGGCGGAAGAGAUGUCGAUGCACGACCGCGCCACGGCGGCGGUCCUGGCGCAGAUGAUGAUGGCGGCGGACGGCGCCUUGUUCGGCUUCGGCGUCGCCUACGUGGCGUAUCGCAGCGUCCGCAAAUACGCGGCCACUGCAUCCGCCCUACGCAAAAUUCGCGACGCGCCGGAGGUUCAGCCGUCCGAUCUCCGCUCGAUUCUCACCGAAGGCGACGAUUCUACUAGCUCGGAUCCUGACGGCGGAGAGUCGUCCAGCUCGAAUGGGGGCGGGAGAUUGGUCAUCGUUAGGGGUAGUGUGGAGGUGAAAUCGGCCGCGGAGAAGGCGAAUUGGAAGGCCUUGAUGGGGAGUAAUUUAGUCGCUUCGAAGGCUUCUGGUGAAAAGGGGGUGAUUUUGCAGAGAACUCAAACUUGUAUAUACAAUGAGUGGAAGGGGGUUUUUGGAUGGACUGCUGACCUGCGCAAUAUGAUUUCUGGAUCCUUGAAAGAGCAUGAGACAUCGUCUACGAGGAUGGUACCUUUCAUUCUUGUUGAAGGCACGAAAUGGCCGCACUCUGAUUAUGUUGUUGUCAACAUGGAAGGAUCAAAUCACCCGCUACCUCUAACAACAGUUUAUCAGCACUUGCAGCCUAUUAGUGCUACUCCUUUAACGUUCCUGCAGGCAAUUUGUGGUCUUGAAUAUCCUGUUGGAAUGCUCUAUGAGGAAAAAAUUCUCCCUCUUGGGAAGGAUAUAACUGCUGUUGGAAUCUGCAGUCUAAACAACGGGGCUUUUGAGAUAAAAGCCUCCAAGGAUCUUCCUUGUUUCCUGUCUGCUUUGACAAAAGAUCAACUCGUGGUAGAUCUUUCCUUCAAGACAAAAGUGUUAAUGUGGAGUGGGCUUGUUUUUGGAACCAUUGCUAUAGGUAUCCUUGGCUAUUCUGUUGCAAGGAACUGGACCAAGUAUAAACAGUGGAGAAGCCAGCGGCGAACUCAGCAGCAAAAUAACUCUACUAUCACUGGCACUGAAUCUUUGAACGAUGAAGUCUUGGAUGAAGAAGCUGAAGAAAUUCCCGAUGGAGAGCUCUGUGUCAUUUGCCUCAUGAGAAGACGGCGCUCUGCCUUUGUCCCCUGCGGACAUUUGGUCUGCUGUCAACGUUGUGCACUCUCUGUCGAGCGUGAGAUAUCUCCAAAAUGUCCCCUAUGCAGACAGACAAUCCGGAGCUCAGUGAGAAUUUACGACUCCUGAGAGUACUCAAGAUGCCUGCCAGAUUUAGCAUAGAGAUAAAUUACAUCUGUGUGAUAUUUAUUUUGUACUAACCGUAGAUUCAUUAGAAAGUAUUGAGAAUGUGACAAUACAUUUGUAUAUAUACUAAAUUUUGUGAUAUCAUAUUCGAUCCAUCUUCUCCUUCA